CACAAGAACUUGUGGCUCAAAAUUUUUAAACAUUGGCUGAUGUGUCAUUCCCCACUGCUUUAAACCCCGUCUUCGUUUUCACCAUACUGCCUUUCUCAUCUUCCACGUCUGGUCGAACAAAAAAACCAGACAGUCUGAUUCCAACUACAAACAUAAACAUUAAUUAUUGUAAAGUGAAACAACUGCGUAGAUUUUGCUUUUCUAAGGAGAACAAGAAUGUCAGAAAUUAAAGACUCUGCUAUAAAGUUGUUUGGUAAGAUGAUUCCAUUGUCAGCAAAGUGUAAUUGUGAUGAUAAGUUUCCUUCUGCUGCUGAUGAUUUUGAAGACUCUUGUGAUCACAACUUUGAAACUUCUUUUCGUGAAGACACCCCUAAUAUGGAACUUCUACCCGAUGAUGAGGAAAAAUCAAAAGGCCAAGUGAUUGAGGAUAAACAGGAUGAUGGUUCCUCUGAACAGAAUAAACUUGACUUGAAAGAUCCAACCACAUCAUCAGUUAUUAGCGAUAAUCCCAAAACUCCCUCUUUUGACAGAGAAACUUCAUCGCUGAAAGGCUCCAAGAAUGGAGAACAAAGUGAGACAAGUACUUCGCAGGGAAAACCAUUGAAAAAGCCGGACAGGAUACUUCCAUGUCCUCGAUGCAACAGUAUGGAUACCAAAUUCUGUUACUACAACAAUUACAAUGUCAACCAGCCCCGCCAUUUCUGCAAAAACUGUCAGAGAUACUGGACUGCCGGAGGAACCAUGAGGAAUGUGCCCGUAGGUGCUGGUCGCCGCAAGAACAAAAGCUCUUCAGCUUUGUAUUAUCGGCAAAUUAUGAUUUCAGAAGCUGUCCGUACAGUUCAGGCCAAUGUUGCAAAUGGAGUUCAUAACCCCUCUUUCGGAAAUAGUACUUUCCUUAACUUUGGUUCAGAUUCUCCACUCUGUGAAUCUGUGACUUCUGUUUCAAGCCUUUCAGAUAAGAGACAAAAUUGUGUUCGAAAUGGGUUCAAUAAUAGACCUGAACAAAGAAUUCUAGUAUCUCAUGGAGAAAGAGAUAAUGGGGAGAAUUGCUCGAGUAGAUCUUCGAUAACAGCUUCAAAUUCUUCGGAAAAGGGAGGAAAUUGUGGUUCACAAGAAGCAAGGACUAAAAAUUAUCAAUGUUUUACCCCUCAGGUGCCUUACUUUCCAGGGUCACCUUGGCCGUAUCCGUGGAACUCUCCAAUGCCUCCUCCAACUUUGUACCUGUCAAGCUUUCCCGUGCCAUUCUACCCAGAAACAUCUUAUUGGAGUUGUACAAUGCCAGGGAAUUCGAAUAUGCCUUGUGUCUUCCCAUCAUCUUCUUCUCUAAGCCAAUAUACCCCAGACUCUACCUCCGCUACUCUUUCCUUGGGGAAACAUUCAAGGGAUGGGAACAUAAUUAAUCCUAGAAACUCUUUAGAAAAAGAACCCUCAAAGCCUUCCAACAAUCCAGAAAGAUCUGUUUUAGUUCCAAAGACUUUGCGGAUUGAUGAUCCCAGGGAAGCUGCAAAGAGCUCAAUAUGGGCAGCAGUUGGGAUUAAGGGCGACAAGACCAACUCUGGGGAAGGCCUAUUUAAGGGCUUUUAGUCAAAGGGUGAUGACCGAAAUUUUAUUAGUUCUGAAGCAUCAGCCGUGUUGCAGGCGAACCCGGCAGCCUUGUCACGGUCACUCAAUUUCCAUGAGAGCGCAUAAGGAGAAGAACCGAGAUUGAGUAAUAAACUUACUACUUGUGUGCAGCUGCUAACAAUGCCACCUUUUCUCCCUUCAUGUUUUAGGAUCACAAUUGACUAACCAACCUCAAUGCAAGAAUCUGUUGGGGAAGCUACCCAAAUCCCAACAUAAAGGAAGACUGGGGAAAAAUCCACAUCCAUUCAUAUAUAUAUAUAUAUAUAUAUAUAUAUAUAUAUAUAUAUAUAUAAAAUCUUUUACAAGCUCAUAUAUAUAGUUGGUUUGGUGACCUGUAGCAUAAUGAACCAGAUGGUUUGUCUAGCAAGUAUCUUUAUGCACCGUACAUAUCCAUAUAUGGGAGAUUGUGAGAUACAUAGCUAGAAACAAGGGAGAAUUUUGGAUGAAAAAUGUUCCAAAUGGUGUACCAUAAACGUGCAAAACCUUAAUCAAGCACUUUUCACUGCUUUUUCCUUGAGCUUCCAAUAAAUAAUAUGGAUUUUAAUUUUGC